UUAAAUUUUUUUUAAAAAAUUAAAUAAAUAUAAAACGGCAUGUUGUUUUCUAUGAAGCAGGUUGUUUUUUUCUUUGGUUUCUUUCCACUCGUUUCCCGAGGAUUGAAAGAAAUAUAAAACGGCAUAUUCUGUAGAUCAGUAUAUAUCAUUGCUUUGUCAACAGAGCUUUUCUUUGAUACCUAACCUAAGUGACGCAGAAAAUGGGAGUUCAAGAUAUUGAAAGUCAUGGAGUCACCGAAGUGUCAAUAGAAGAUACAGAUGAGAACGAUAGUGGAACAAUAGUGGAAGAAAAGUCAAUCGACGAUACGGAUUUGGAAGAAACGUCGGAUCAGUUGCGUUAUCGGCCUUUACUUCACCUACUUCAAGAUUCCGGAGAAGCAAGACAAGAAUUUCAAGAAACGGUUCCUCGUCUUUACUAUGCUAUCUUGAAGAAUGACACUAGAACUGUACUGAAAAUCAUAAAGAAUAAUAGCGCAUUGUUACGAACCGCAAUCACAAGAGCAGAAGAAACUGUUCUUCACAUUGCGGCUGGAGCAAAACACGUCCAACUUGUGAAGGAGUUGGUGAAAUUGAUGGAAGAAAACGAUCUAGCUUUGCAGGAUUGCAAAGGAAACACUGCGUUUUGCUAUGCUACUAUCAGCGGAAGCAUAGAUAUUGCCAUUAUUCUUAUGAACAAAAAUAAGAAUUUGCCACUUAUUCGAGGUGGCCAAGGCAUGACACCACUUUACAUGGCUACUUUGUUUGGCCAUAAUAAAAUGUCAUGGUUUCUCUAUCCUAUUACAAAGAAGAUUCUUGAGCAGGGCGAAUGGAUUGGAAUUUUCUUCACGUGUAUCAAUUCUGAUUUGUUCGGUCUUGCAUUGAAAAUGCUUGAAGAUGACAGUGAACUAGCAAUAGCUCGAGAUGUGAAUAAUGAUACUGCAUUGCAUAUUUUAGCUAGAAAAACAUAUAUCCUUUGUUACCAAACUCCUAGACUAUGGACAUGGAAGAGCUCCAGCGACAUCACCUCAAGUCUGGUUCCUUCAUUCAGAAAGAGUCUGAAAAAUCAAGCCCUUCAACUUGUUAGAAGCCUUUGGAAUGAAAUUUUAGUACGUUUACCAGAGUCGAAGGUAAACAAUCUAAUUAACAAACCAUCAAGCUUACUAUUCGAGGCGGCUGAAUUAGGCAACUUUCAGUUUUUGGCUGAGCUUAUUCACGCACAACCAGAUUUGGUAUGGGAUGUGGAUGAGAAAAAUAGAACCAUAUUCCAUAUUGCUGUCUUGAAUCGACACUCAAAAAUAUUCAAUUUAAUACAUGAGAUUGGCUCAGUUAAGGAUGUCAUCAUAACAUAUCAAGAUGAUGAUAAUAACAACAUAUUACACAUGGCUGCAACAUUGCCACCUCCAAGUAAACUCGAUCAUAAACUUGGAGGAACACUACAGAUUCGAAAAGAGAUAUCAUGGUUUAAGGAAGUGCAGAAGCAUAUGAUGCCAUCAUAUGCCCAUAUGAAAAAUUCAAAGGGCUUGACUCCUUUAGAUAUUUUCAAUACAACACAUGAGUCUAUGUUGAAAGAUGGAGAGCGUUGGAUGAAAAGCACUAGUAAAUCAUGCCUAAUGGUUUCAAUACUUAUUUUUGUUGGAGUUCUAAUAACUACUUCUCAAGACUCUUAUGACAAUGAAGGAAGAAACUCAAAUUGGUUAAAUUCAGUAGCGUUGUCUUCAUCUUUCUUCUCAACGUUAACGUUCUUGUCAAUUAUCACAUCUAGUUAUCCAAAAGUCCUUGCUUCACUACACUUCAAGUUGAUUAUAGGACUAGCAACGAUCUUCAUCUCUCUGACAACCAUGCUGGUAGCAUUCAAUGGAGGUUUGUCCUUGACCUGUUGCAGAGAACUAGCUAGAUGAAUAAAACCUAAGAUGUGCCCGAUUAAGACCUUUUGCUCUCAUGCAAGCCAAACAUUAUGUUGAAAUAAUAAUAUUCAAAGCACUUGUUGUUGGUAAGUAUAUGCACAACAAACAAAUUGUGGAGACAACCUUGAAGUACAAUUCUUACCAAAAUUUAGUGAAUCUAGAAUUUAUGUAUCCACAUCAUCUUUGUGUACGUAAAUUAGAAUUGAAUAAAGAUUUGAACUUAUAUAUAUAUAAUUUGUAUUUUAGCA